AUGGAUCCCCAGAACCCCCAAGGUGCUCAGCAGAAUCGCCAACGCCCUGUCUACGACCCCAGUCAGGGCGGUCACUAUAGCGCAUGUGCUGCUCUUGCAUCCCAGGGUUUCGCGCCCUCGGAGCUCUACACCGGACCUUGGGCCAAUGCUCAUCAGGGUCUUACCGGCCAGUACAAGGACAUCCUGACCACCUACUGGCAGCACACCAUCUCGCACCUCGAGAAUGACACCCACGACUACAAGAUCCACCAGCUCCCGCUGGCGCGCAUCAAGAAGGUCAUGAAGGCUGACCCCGAGGUCAAGAUGAUCUCCGCCGAGGCUCCCAUCCUCUUUGCCAAGGGUUGCGACAUCUUCAUCACCGAGCUCACCAUGCGCGCCUGGAUCCACGCCGAGGAGAAUAAGCGCCGCACUCUGCAGCGCUCCGACAUCGCGUCCGCUCUAGCAAAGUCCGACAUGUUCGACUUUCUCAUCGACAUUGUGCCUCGCGAGGAGGCUUCCUCCCACGCGAAGCGGACCACCCAGACGGCUGCCGCGCCCCAGGCUGUUCCCGCCGCUCCUGGCCAAGGUCAGAUGCCCGGUCAGCACGCCAACAUGCCCCAGGCUCCUAACCAGCCUCAUCCCAUGGGCGCUCCCGACUACAUGGGCGGACAUGGUCUUACUGAGCAGGACUACCGUAACCAGCCCAACAUGUACCCGGGUCAGGCUGUCCCAGCUCCUCAGGCCGCCUACGGACAGACCCAGCCCCCAGGCAUGUACGGCGAGAUGGAGGGAAUGUAUCCCUACUCGGCCAUGCCUCCCCAGCAGGCUCCCAUGUCCUCGGAAGAGUUUGAGUAA